AUGAGCUCGUACCUCUCAUCCUUGACCACGUCUUCGGCCAUCUCUGGCCUGGGUUCGCGGCUCACCAACCUCCGCCGUGCCAUUACUCUAGGCGACGAGGGAGACGACCCCGACAACGAAGACUGCUCCCACAUCUCCAACGCCCUUCGAGCCUACUACACCGAAAAGGGCCGUCCAUUCCCACCAUGGCUCCCACAAGAUCCCAAGGGCCCAGCUCCGGCACCCUCGCGCGCGAUUGCGACUUCACAGCUACCCUCCGGCGGCUACAAUCAAGGGUCCCCCGCCAACCCCAACUCCGGCCGGAGCGGCGGUCUAGGUGACCUAUGGGGUGAUUCUCCCACAUCACAAGCAUCAAUCCCACAGACAGCUAGUCUUCGUCGCGGACGUGGUGCACCGCCGCUCUCCUCGGCCAACAGCGCGCCGCCGGGUCCGGCCAUCACACUUUCCCAGUACGAUUCGCCUGGAUCGGGUCCAUCUGGAGCCCGGCCAUUGCCUAGCCAACGAGCUGGGUCGCAUCAGCCUGUUCAGAAUCGUCCGAAUCUCGACCGUGCUGGGUCGGGUGGUGGUUCAGCCCAGGAGCGACUGCGGGCCAGAUUACAGGGAGGAAGGUCUCCUAGUCCCAAUAUUGACCCGAGUAUUCGGAAGCCUGUUGGAGCGUCUGGGAAACGGUGA